GGGGCGUUGAUGUGCUGGUUAAUAACGCGGGGUAUAUUGAGGCGGGGAUGGUUGAGGAGAUUAGUGCAGAAAGAUACAUCAAACAACUCAACACGAACCUCUUGGGCGUAAUCAACGUGACACGCGCCCUCAUGCCGCAUUUUCGGGCGCGGAAGGCCGGUGUGGUGGUGUUUAUCGGGUCUUCGGGCGGGAUAGCGGGGGAGCCUGGGGCGGGGGCUUAUUGUGCGAGUAAAUUUGCUUUGGAAGCGGGUUUGUGGAGCAAGAUGAACGGCAAUCAACCCGGCGAUCCGCAGAAAGCUGUUAACAUGAUGAUCGAUGUGGUGAAAGGCGAGGGCGUGACCGAGGGGAAGGAGAUGCCGGAUCGGUUGCCGCUGGGGAGGGAUGUGUUGGGGAAGAUUAGGGAGAGGUAUCAGAGGCAUUUGGAGGUUUGUGAGGAGUGGGAGGGGGUUAUUUGUAGUACUGAUUUUGAGGGGGAGGAGAGGGGGGAUGUGAGGACGGUGGUUGUUGGCGAGUGA